CCCCAGACUUUUGAAGGCCAAACCACCAACUCCCCCCUUUUCUUCCUCCUCUCGUGCGACCGAGGGGAUCGUCGAUCGAUCGAUGGCGACAAUGGGCGUGGGCGGAGCGGUGAAGAUGAUCAUCGGGGCGAAGGAGGAGCGGGUGGUGGGCACGGGCAAGGCGCCCGGCGCGUGCCCGUCCUGCGGCGGCCCGGUGGUGGCGACCGACGUGGAGAGCGAGCGGCGCAUCCUCUGCCUCCCGCUGUGCCUCAAGAGCAAGCGCAAGUACUCCUGCACCAGGUGCUUCCGCCGACUCGUCACCGUCUACGGCUAGAAGAAUCCAAGCCUCCGCUCCUAUCAAUCGAUCCAUCCAUCAACUAGCGUGCGCAGUAGAACAAUCCCCGAGUUCUUUGGUUCUUGUUAGUUGGCCGUGGUUACGGUCCUAGAGUAGCUUGCUAGCCUGGCUAAUGUAAUUCAUUCGUCUAAUUUCCAGUAGCCAUAUCUAGCUAAUCUGGUGGGCGUGCAUCAUGUGAAGGGCUGCAAAACUCCCAGCAACCUCUCUGUCAAUGAUGGCGGGGCACCUCCGCGUUAAUGCGCAGGCCAGUAAAUGGAAAUCUUGAACGCGCCA